AUAUUCUUAAUAAAUGUAACAAUAAUCAAUAACCAGUUGAUCGGUUCUCGACUGUUUGGUGACCAGAGAACUCGAGUUUUGUUUAAUUUAAAUAAUAAUUUCCUUUUGAAAUGUUUUUCUUCUGAUUGUUGGAUGUUGAAGCUUUUAUUUUGGAAUCUGCUGCGGCUGGAAGCAGAAGAAACAUUUCAGAUAAUAAACGUGAUGAUCUGAUAUCUUCAUGAUCUCUGCUCUUUGUUGUUGAAAAUCUUCCAUGAAAAAUAGAUUCUGAUUGUUUUACUGGUGACACAAGGUCACAGAAAGGUCAUAAAGCGGUGACUUUGAUGGCAACCGCAACAAAUUCUCUGAUUAACGUCAAAGUUCAAACUAAAGUUUUCACCCCAGAAGAUCUCUACAGUUUUUGUUUUAAAGUUUCAGAUCAGAAACAACUUUAAAUAUCAAAGAAAACAGAAUAAAAUCAAAAAUCUGUUUCAGUCGAUUUUAUUAAUUGAAGCAAAUAAAAACAACCUGGAAAGUUUUCACAACAGUGUUCAUGUUCCUUUGACUAGGCCAGUCAGACAAUGACCUGCUGGUGACCUUUGGGUCAUCGUUCUGCUGCUAGAGAGCAGAGCCCACAGCAUCAUACUGCCACCGCCGUGUCUGGCUGUAGAUCUGAUCUUCUGGUUCUUCAAUGCUGAAAAAGUUUUUCUGAGUUUGGAAAGUCAGAAUUUUUCAACUUUUGAGAAAAUGUCUGAGUUUUUUAGUGCAAAGUUCCUCCUGAAUAUUUUCUUUGUUGUUAAAACAUCUGACCUGGAAGCAGCGCAGACUUCGAGUCCAGGCUGAAUUCAUUCAUUCAUUCAUUCAUUCAUUCAUUCAUUCAUUCAUUCAUUCAUUCAUUCAUUCAUUCAUUCAUUCAUCUAAAUGUAAUGACAGAAAUGCGCCUCCAGUGAAGACGUGCAGCAGGAAGCUGAAGCUUCUCUGGUUACUUUGUGAAUUUCUCCUCCUGUUAAUGUGAGUCGGAUUCCUGCAGACUUUGACUUUUCUAAUCUUCUCUGCAAAGAGAAACUUUGAGGCUUCGCUUUGGACCGAAGCCAGAAGCUGCAGAACCUUUAAGACUCUGUGACCUCAGAUAGUCUGUAGCUUAUCCUUCACCUUUGGAUUUUAUGGUUGAGCUGACAGGUAGAAACAAGCAGCCUGGCAGAAGUUUGCCUCAGUCAGCAGACUGCAGCAGGAGUGAAGGGACACCAUGGAGAAACUGGAGAUGGAGGGUCCAGACUCUUCCCUCGUGGACAAAGCCAAGAAGCCGAUCUCCAAGCGGCUCAACAAGUACGAGCGAGUUUUCCAGCCCUGCCUGGCGGAGGUCCUGGGCACCAUGUUCUUUGUCUUCAUUGGCUGUGUGUCCGUCAUCGAGAACACGCCUGCAGCGGGGCGGCUGCAGCCGGCUCUGGUGCACGGCCUGGCGGUGGCGGUGCUGGUGGCCGUCAUGGACAGAAUCAGCGGCUCCCAUUUCAACCCUCCCUUCACCGUGGCCGUCUGCCUGUGUGGCGGCUUGGAGCUGGCCAUGGUGGCGCCGUACCUGGUCAGCCAGCUGGUCGGAGGAGUCCUGGGAGCGGGGAUGGCUAAGGUUGGUCUGUCAGCUGCUAAAUGUCCUGACGCUGUUUGGUCGGCAGCAGCAUGUGAAGCAGUUCUUCUGUCGCCAGCUGAUGACCAGCCCAGAACGCUUCAGCAACGCCAGCGGGGCAGCCUUUGACCUCCUGAGGUCAGAGAGCCAGCUGUACCGGGCGCUCUUCGGAGAGGCGGCCAUGACCUGCCUGGUGACCCUGGUGGUGCUGAUGGUGGCCGUCAACAGCCGGACCAAAACGCCCUUCGGCCCAUUUCUGGUGGGCAGCACCGUCAUGUUCAACAUCCUGGCAGGAGCUGAUAUUUCAGGAGCUUGUAUGAAUCCCGCCCGGGCGUUCGGACCGGCCCUGAUCGCCAACCACUGGACCUACCACUGGGUUUACUGGGUGGGCCCCAUCACAGGCGGGGCGGCGGCCGCUGCUCUGGUCAGGCUCGUCCUGGGAGAUCAGAAGUUACGAAUCGUCCUGAAGUCAUAAUUUUCUCUUUGUGGUUGUGGAGCUGUAAACUUUAUCUCUGCAAACUUUUGACUCUUAUAAUGUUUCAUGGAUGUUUCUGACUUUUACAACUGUUGAUUUUUUAUCAGUAAUAAAAACAGAGGUCAAUGUUUAUGGGGAUCCGUUUCUAAAGUUAGAAAAAUGAAAACAAUCAUUCUGUUUAUUUAGGUGUUCGUCUUUUAUAGUCAUAUUUUCACCAUUUUAUUCCUUCGUUUAUGAAUGUCAGAGUCACAAACUAAAUAUUUAAUUCAGAAAUGAAAUAUUUAGUUCAGACCUAAGUAUUUAUAUUGAAGCUGGAUGUUUAGCUAAUAUACAAAUUAUCCUGUUGAUAAGUGGAAUAUCAAAAUAAAAGCUGUUUUUGGGAUUUGGGAUCUUUAUAUGGACU